AUGGCAAAGACUUACAUGAAACCGAAGGAUAUGGUGGAGCUGGUUAGCACACCAUCAUGGAUUGACAAAAGUCUGAGCUCUCAGAAUGAGAUAAAGGAGGAGGAAAGACAAUCAGCUACUUAUGGAAUACUUGGAAACUUAGCUGAAGAGCAUGACAGCAUUGAAGAAGAGGAGGAGGAAGAAGAUGAAGAGAAGCCCAAGAGAAGAGGACCCAAGAAAAAGAAGAUGACCAAAGCCCGACUUGAGAGAUUUAGGGCUCGAAGAGUAAAAGCCAACGCUAGAGAAAGGACUCGAAUGCAUGGCCUGAAUGAUGCAUUGGAUAACCUGAGAAGAGUCAUGCCAUGUUAUUCUAAAACCCAAAAGCUUUCCAAGAUAGAAACUCUUAGACUGGCCAGGAACUAUAUCUGGGCUUUGUCUGAGGUCCUGGAGACUGGACAAACACCUGAAGGGAAGGGCUUUGUGGAGAUGCUCUGUAAAGGGCUUUCUCAACCCACAAGCAAUCUGGUGGCUGGAUGUCUUCAGCUGAGUCCUCAGUCUGCCCUUCUGGAGAAACGUGAGGAGAAAUCUCCUAUUUGUGACUCUGCCAUCUCUGUCCAGAACUUCAACUAUCAAUCUCCAGGGCUCCCGAGUCCUCCUUAUGGCCAUAUGGAAACACACCUUAUUCAUCUCAAGCCCCCAAUAUUUAAGAAUAUGGGGGACUCAUCCUUUGGGAGCCAUCCACCUGAUUGCAGCACACCUCCUUAUGAAGGUCCACUCACUCCACCUCUGAGCAUCAGUGGGAAUUUCUCUUUGAAACAAGAUGGCUCUCCUGACCUGGAGAAAUCCUACAACUUCAUGCCACACUACUCCUCUGCAAGUUUAACCUCAGGGCAAGUUCAUUCAACUCCCUUUCAGGCUGCAAACCCUCGCUAUGAUGUUCCCAUAGAUAUGUCCUAUGAUUCCUACCCCCACCCUGGCAUUGGGGCUCAACUCAACACCAUCUUCACUGAUUAG